CCAGCAUGCCCCUGGCUUCCGGGCCAGUUCCGUCGAGGCUUGUCGUUCAGCGCCCGGCCCUCAGAGGUGGAGGAAGAAGGAGAGCGGCAAGAUGGCGCUGACCAGUUUUUUACCAGCACCAACUCAGCUAUCUCAGGACCAGCUAGAAUUAGAAGAAAGGGCAAGAUCACAAAGAGUAAAACAGACAGCAUUGGUGUCAUCACGAAGAGAACCUCCCCCUUACGGUUAUCGGAAAGGAUGGAUACCCCGAAUGCUAGAGGAUUUUGGAGAUGGGGGUGCUUUCCCAGAAAUUCAUGUUGCUCAAUAUCCUUUGGACAUGGGCCGAAAAAAGAAAAUGUCCAAUUCAUUAGCUGUUCAAGUCGACGCAGAAGGAAAAAUAAAAUACGAUGCUAUAGCUCGACAGGGACAAUCAAAAGACAAGGUCAUUUACAGCAAAUACACAGACCUGAUUCCAAAAGAAGUAAUGAAUGUUGAUGACCCUGAACUUCAAAGACCUGAUGAGGAAGCUGUCAGAGAGCUUACAGAAAAGACCCGAGUAGCACUGGAAAAAUCUGUCUCCCAGAAAAUUGCAGCAGCUAUGCCAGUCCGAGCAGCGGAUAAACUAGCUCCAGCUCAAUACAUCCGAUAUACACCAUCACAGCAGGGUGUGGCCUUCAACUCUGGUGCAAAACAGAGAGUUAUUAGAAUGGUGGAAAUGCAAAAGGACCCAAUGGAACCACCAAGAUUUAAGAUCAACAAGAAAAUUCCUCGUGGGCCACCAUCUCCUCCAGCUCCUGUAAUGCACUCUCCUAGCAGAAAGAUGACCGUAAAGGAGCAACAAGAAUGGAAAAUUCCUCCUUGCAUUUCAAACUGGAAAAAUGCAAAGGGUUACACAAUUCCACUGGACAAACGUCUGGCUGCAGAUGGCAGGGGACUGCAGACUGUACACAUCAAUGAAAACUUUGCCAAGUUGGCUGAAGCACUCUACAUCGCUGACAGAAAGGCUCGUGAAGCUGUAGAGAUGCGAGCCCAGGUGGAGCGGAAGAUGGCUCAGAAAGAGAAAGAAAAACAUGAAGAGAAACUUAGGGAAAUGGCGCAAAAGGCCAGAGAGCGAAGAGCUGGGAUCAAAACGCACGUGGAAAAAGAGGAUGGAGAAGCCAGAGAACGAGAUGAAAUCAGACAUGACAGAAGAAAAGAGAGACAGCAUGAUCGAAAUCUUUCCAGAGCAGCACCUGACAAAAGGUCAAAACUACAAAGGAAUGAGAACAGAGAUAUUAGUGAAGUCAUUGCUUUGGGUGUUCCUAACCCUCGGACAUCUAAUGAGGUUCAGUAUGAUCAGAGGCUCUUCAACCAAAGUAAGGGUAUGGACAGCGGCUUUGCUGGAGGAGAAGAUGAAAUUUACAAUGUCUAUGACCAGCCCUGGAGAAGUGGUAAAGACAUGGCUCAAAAUAUCUACCGGCCUAGUAAAAAUGUGGACAAGGAUAUGUAUGGAGAUGAUCUGGAGGCACGGAUAAAAACUACAAACAGGUUUGUUCCUGAUAAGGAAUUUUCUGGCUCAGAUCGCAGACAAAGAGGGCGAGAAGGACCAGUUCAGUUUGAGGAAGAUCCUUUUGGUCUGGACAAAUUCUUGGAGGAAGCAAAACAGCACGGAGGCUCAAAACGGCCUUCUGAUAGUAGCCGCCCUAAAGAACAUGAGCAUGAAGGCAAGAAGAGAAGGAAAGAGUAAGGAACUCUUUCCUUGAGUAGUGUGUCCGAAUUUACAACUUUGAACAUUCAGAACUAUUCUAGACAGGGGGCUGUCUUAAUCAAAUAGCAGUUCCUGUGUGGUGGGUGUAAUGCGUGAUGAGUAUAACAAAGCAAUCUAAUCCGCAGAAUGAAGAUAAAAGGGAAAAUUGGACCACUGAAUUAUAUAGAUUCUGUAUUUUGAGAUCUAGCUGUACCAUUCUUUGUUUUUAACACAGGGUGAGCUGUUCUCUUGUGUUAGGUUUGGAAUAUGCUGCUUGAUGUACCCUAUUCUUAGUCAAAGCUGCUUAUUCCAUCUGAUAGCACCCUCCAUGUACAUAGUGUGCCCUGCUUCUGCUGAGUUUUAUGUGAAAGGGGGACGGGUACUGUGCUUUCCUUGCUCUGCUGUGAUUGUAUAGUUCAUCUUAAGCGUAUAGAAACAGCUGGAUUUCUUCAAUUGAGAUGAAUAUAUCCAAGUUUAUUUUUGUUUCUUUACAUGGCAGUGAAAUAAAGUAUCUUGUCCUUUAA